UGUUUGCGGGCAAAGCAAAUUACACACGCUAAAUAACCUUUUCCCCCCACCCCCACCUGGCUCCAUUACAGCCUUAAUACACAAACACAACCCAACCUCAGGCGUCAACGGGGGGCCGGGAAGAGAGACAGAGGAAGACUGGGCAUUGAUGGGGAAACCCUAGGAGAGAGACGAAAAGAGAGAAAGAGAGAGGGCUCAAUUUUUUGCCCCUUUUGAUUCAGUUGCAUUGCUUUCGAUCUUCCGAGGUGAUGGCAAAUUCUAAGGGGUCAUCGAAUUUCCGAAAUUUGUCUUAUGCUGGAAAGCACUCUCUACUUCCUCCUAAAAGUCCAUUUCCGUGUAUUUCCCCAUCAUAUGCUGAUUAUAUCUCCAGCCCUGCUGUAGGGUCGAAAGGUGUUCCAAAUCGUAGAGAUGGAAAUAUAUACCAUCAGCGUACUUCCUCUGAAGGUUUUGCCCUAGAGGAGCAGCCUUCUUGGCUAGAUGAACUCCUAAAUGAGCCAGAGACGCCUUUACGCAAAGGAGGUCAUCGGCGUUCAUCAAGUGACUCUUUUGCAUAUAUAGAUUCUGCUAAUGCUUCUAACAUAGAUUAUACUGUUCAGGAUGAGUACAGAUUCAAAAAUAAAAUGUCUCUUCCCUCAUGGGGAUCUCAGGACUUUGAUCAUUACAAAGAUGUGCAACAUGCCUCCUUUUAUGCAGAGCCAAACUCUUUUAAGAGUAAAAAAAGUAGAGCAUGGGAACCUGCCUUUAAUUCUGUGGCUCACUUAAGUGGCCUGCCUUCUGCAAGGGAUGGCCCUGUUAUUCAAUGCUCAGGAUCAUCAUGUGCUCUGCAGGAAGCUGAUCCAGUUCCAUCUACAACUACUGAAAAGCAGGAUCAAGUUGAAUCUGGCACACCUGAUCCAAAAUCUUCUUCUGAAAGAAAGGAUUGUUCUUAUGCUAAGCCUUCUUCUGAGGCAGAUAACAAACGUGCUAAACAACAAUUUGCUCAACGUUCGCGGGUUCGUAAACUUCAGUACAUAGCAGAGCUGGAAAGGAAUGUACAGGCAUUACAGGCAAAAGGGUCUGAAGUUUCAGCGGAGCUUGAAUUUCUCAACCAGCAGAAUCUUAUACUGAGCAUGGAGAACAAAGCACUGAAGCAACGUUUAGAAAGCUUAUCCCAGGAGCAGCUCAUUAAAUACUUGGAACAUGAGGUAUUGGAGAGGGAGAUUGGAAGGCUACGAUCUUUGUACCAGCAGCAGCAGCAGCCGCAGCCGCCACAACAGCAGCAGCAACAACCUCCUCCUAGUCACCGACGUUCCAAGAGCAGAGACCUUGAUUCCCAGUUCGCAAGCCUCUCUUUGAAACACAAGGAUGCUAAUUCUGGACGUGAUUCUGCUACUGGCACACUACGUAUUUGAAUUUAUGAAAUAACUAGGAUGCUGUCCCCUCUCCUUUCCCUCAGCUGAUGCUGCCACGUGAUGAAAAAUGUAGUUUUAACUUGUGCGGUUUCAUAUCGAGUGCUUCCAGUUUUGAUGUGCUCUCUUUUCCGCUCAUUUUGCUCCAUUUGGCAUUUCAUUUGACCCUUAACUUUUUUAGUCCCCUUGUGCACCUGGUAGCCAUUGCCUUGAAAUCAUAUUUCCGGCAGUUUGCUCAUCGGAGGUGGUGUUAAAGCACAUCCGUUGCUCUUCCCCUGUAUGUUCAAGUGAUUAUAAAUUGAAAGUAUUUUCACUUAGUAUCCUGUCCGUUGGCAACUUGGUCUCUUGUAACCCUAGUGCAGGCAUCCUUAGGGUUGUCUUGACGUGCAUUGCAUUCAAUGUAUUGAUGUGAAAUUAUUUCCUUGUAAUAUGUGCUUAAUGAAAAGUAUGUUUUCAUUGGUUAUGAAGUUGUAGUCAAGUUGGAUCCAAGUUAAGCAAUUAUGAAAUUGAUCAAGUUUGAGUCGA